AUGCGCAGCCUCCGGCCCAGACCACUGCACCCGACCGCGGGGGGUGAUGCGCGGGGGCUCCUCUUUGGAGCGCGCCGGGGUCGGUUGGAGUCCGGCAUGGCCCGGAGCCAGGCGGCACUGCUACUGCCGUCUCUGAUGCUCCUGCAGCUGGUGACCCCUGCCCAGGUCUCCCCCGACUACCAGUACUUCGGCCAGCAGGGCGAAGGGGACACCUGGGAGCAGCUGCGGCUGCAGCAUCAGGAGAAAGAAUUGGAAGACUCUGUCCUUGGCCCUUGGGGAAAGUGGCGCUGUUUCUGCGACCUGGGCAAGCAGGAGCGCAGCCGCGAGGUUGUGGGCGCGUCGCCGGGCCCGGUGUUCAUGGACCGCGAGAAUCUGGUGCAGGUGCGACCCUGCCGGCAACGGGAUUGUUCAUCCUGCGAGCCGAACGACUGCGACUGGAGGCUCUGA